CGACGUGAAGACAGUGGGGAAAGCAGACUGUUGCCAGAGUUCAGCGAAAAUUUCUUCGUUUUCCCGUACUCCGCGCUGACUAAUCACCUGUUUUUUACGGGACUGAUUUUGUUUUGGAUUAUUUUUUCCUAGUUGCACUGACAAUAUUUUCAUUAGUGAUUCAUAAUAUUUGUUUUUUGAACGUGCUACACAUUUUUGGAUUAUGAAAUUACAAUUACGAUGAAUUAUUCGAUAUUUACAUGUCAUCAAAUAUGCUAUGACUCCGUGCUGUGAAUUUUUCGAUUUCAAAUCAGCAGAAAUCUACCAUAUAAUCGAAUGAUGCCUGUACAUCAAUUUCCAGAGUCUGACUGCAAAACCAGUCCUUUGGCUCUUUUGGUGCAGAUCUGCAGUAACAUCGGCGCUGAAAAGCCGACUACUAAAUCCUCCUCUUCUGACAAGAACAGUAAUGCUGGCAGCAAUAACAGCAACAGUAGCAGUAGCAGCAGCAGUGACGAAAUCCGAGUAACUAAGGAGAAGGAUGUGCUGUCCUGCAGUCCAGCAACAAGUGUUCAUUCUGCAUCCUCUCUGACUAGUUCUAAUAGAACAUCUAGAGGCGAAGAGACCUCCGCUUUUGGAAGCAGUUCUAAAAGGAACACUCCUUCAGAAUGCAGAUCAUCUCCGUUAAUGGGACGGUCCUCUGUAGAACGAAGGACAACUCCUGCUAGCGUGCAUUCACCAGACAGUGGUUUGCACCACAGACCGAAAUCUGGAGGUGAAAAAACGCCAACGUCCUCAGCAGCAGGCACAGCAACCUCUUCUAGUCACGAUUCUCACCAGUCGACGACGUUAUCGUCUUCUGGACCUCCUGGAAGUGGCUCAUCCAGUGACCCUGUUUAUAGUUCCUCCUCGCUUGGACUUGACUUUUCGAGGGAUAGCAGUGGGGGCUUACUAAGCAGCAAGGAAGGAAGCUCCACGAGUUCUCUUGGUGGACUUGGCAAUUAUAAAGCUGGUUUGAAUGGAUUGAAUCCUCUUGCUCUGGCUAACUGUUCCGGUUGUAGCCCUGUUGCUGGUCACAUCCCUCUUGAUGCUGCUGCUACCUAUCCACUUGCCGGAGCUUUAAAGGGCGCCGGCUAUUCUUUCGGGUCCGCCCUCACGCCUUACAUGAACUAUGCCCGGAUGAAGAGUGCCGCGGCUGGGGGCGCCGCGACGUUCGUACCCGUUUGCCGUGAUCCCUAUUGUACCAACUGCCAACUUGCUGCUCAGUUACCAUAUGCGCAAGAUCGGUUAGCUGCUCACAUGUCCGGACUGUACCCUGGUGGUUUACCCGGAUAUCCGGUACCCGGGUUUGCUAGCCCUGCUUCUUCUGCUUUUGCAUCAUCUGUUCUCCCGAGGCCUAACGUUUGUAGUUGGAUGGUUGGUGACACUUACUGUGGUAAACGAUUUGCAUCAUCUGAAGAACUUCUUCAACAUUUGAGGACUCACACCAGUCUUUCUGGAACAACUGGGGCUUUGCCUCUUUACUCUUCUGGGGUCAGCCUUCCUUCGGCUCUUGCCAUGGAUGCUUGUGGCUUGUACACCACCCCUUCUCUCACAACUCCGGCUGGCCUUAGAAGGACCUACCCAACCAGUCUGAGUCCUGUCAGCUCAUUAUCUGCAGCUGGGAGAUAUCAUCCCUAUAAACCUCCUGGACUAUCCCCUUUGUCUUCAGCUCCUUUACCUCCCUUAGGACAUCCAGGAUUAGGUUUCUAUAACCCAUACAGUGGAGUGUAUGGAAAAGGAUAAUAGAGAAGACAUCUUUCCGAAAUUUGUAUAUAAUGCUAUAUAUAAAUAUAAAUAUAUCAAAUUGUAAUAAAUUAUAGGUUAGACUUAUAUAAUUCUUUUUUGUUGGUUUAUAAAUAGAAAAAUAGUUUAAUUAAAAUGUAGUGAUAACUAUUGACUGGAGAUAUGCAAAAGCAGUAUUAUUAAUAACCCAUCGUAUUUGUUUUUUAACAAAUGUCAUAAUAUGGAGGGUUGUGCCUCAAACUAUUUAUCAUUUUUAAAAGUUAAAUGUGACCAGUCUAAAAUUACUUUUUUUAAUCUUCAUUCUGUUAGUUGUUUAUGCUAAUGAUGCUUCUUUGUACAUGUCGUUUUGAUACAAGUUGUGCAGAAAGAAUUAUAUUGUUACAAACACAAAAAUUCUCCAUUUACUUUUAAUAGUUAUAAUAAAGGAACAGAGCAUUGAGUUUGACGUAAUAAAAGCCUUAUGAUACUUAUCGCAAUACUAAUUUCAUUAACUAACUGAACAGAUUAAAAAAAAUUAAUAUAAUCCAUGCUCAAAAAGGUAUGGAUUGGUAUAUUGAUUAGCAAUGAAUAAUUGUAUUUUUUAUAUUUUUAUUAGAUAUUAUAACUUGAAACAGUUACAUGAUUAAUUCUUGGAUAAGAAUAUUUUGCCGUUAUUAUAAAUUCUUAUUAAAUAUCCAGUACCUUCUACGUAGGCUUAAAUUAGAUUUAGACUUAAAUGAAUCUAAUUUAACCAUGGAUCAGGAAAUGUAUCCUAUAGCAAUAUGUACAGAAUUGCAUUUGCAUAUCUCCUUUACACUUCUUUACAAAAAUCUAAAGCAAUGUGUGUGACAGAGAUUACAUUUGUUUUACAGCUGGAUAAUAACUUUGCUGUUUAACUUUUAUUUAUGUGCCAUGUAGAACUCAUGUUUUUUUUUGUGUUAAAUCAUCAGAAAUAGUUGCACAUACAAUAUUAUGUAUUUCAUUAUUCUUUCUCUUCAUGUCAUUCAUUUCAUCUUGUUGCCAGAACAUUUAUUUGUUUAUUAAUUUAACCUGUUUAGGGCAAUGCCAUGGUUAGUCUAUGUUUGUUGUUUCAGUUAGUGCUUACAAUAUUUUAAGUAAAAUUUGAAAGAAAAAAAAAAAAAAAAAUAUGUGGUUGUUCCUGUUAAAAUUAAUUUUAAGUAUUCUACGUAAAAUUAUUGUAUUGUUAAAUGUCUAUGACUAAAUUUUAAAUAAUUAGUAGAUUAAUUUAUUUGAAGAGAAUUUGUAUAGCAAUUUUCUUUCGAAAAAUAUUUUUUAAUUUUUAUUUAUUGGAGCUUUUGCUAAAUUCUUGGUGUAGUAAUAUGACUAUCAUCAGCUAAAUAUGCACACACAUUUAUACCAUUUCCUUUUUGUUUCAAACAAAAUUUCAUUAGUCAAACUGUAAACAUUUCAACUGAACAAAAAAGUACUCGUAUGUAUCAAUGUACAUCCUAUUUUUCUUUUCAAUACUUUUAUCUAAAUUAUGGAAUAAUCUUGUGAAAUUAGAGUAUAAAUAUUAAAUUUUAAGGUUCUUAAACCAUGCUAUAAUAGUUAUAUGGUGUUAGAACAUGACUUCAAGCAUAAUUUUCAAUGAAAAAAUUACUACUCUGAACUCAAAUGAUUCUCCCUUCCAUCACACACCAAAGGAAAUGCUUCAAAGUUUUCAGGUUUUGGAAAAUUUUUGUUCCAUUUGUAAUUGCUUACAGUUAUUUCAGGUAAAUUAUUUUAAAUUUCAGUAGGCUUUUCUAUAAUUUUUAAAUUAUGAAUCUUAACAUAAUUUCUUCUUUUUUCUCUCUAUUUUGAGAGGCCCCGUUAAAUACAAAUUUUCUAAACCGAGGAAAAAAUGUCAUGUCUUCCUCUUAUAAUCUCUCACUUUCUCUGUCUGUUCUUUUUUAAAUUAAUUUUCUCUCUGUUACAGAGCAGUAUGAAGAAAUUAGUUAUAAGAAUAAUAUUGUUUAUUUCACCAUUCGCAAAAUGUAUAAAGACAUUUUGUUUUUGUUUAUUUCACCAUUCGCAAAAUGUAUAAAGACAUUUUGUUUUUGUUAGUCACUUUGUGAAAUUCCGAAUAAAAAUGUAUUUAUUAGCUAAAAAAUCAGUUCUGCUAAAUAUAUCAAUUUAAUCGUCAAAUUACGAAAUUGUUUAUAUCCCUCCUUUCCAAGAAAGGGAACUAGAUGAAAUGAGUUUUUAAUGAGAAUAUUUUUAUUACCUCAUGUAUGAAAACACUUUUAUAAAAUUAUGUGCAUUUUAUUUAUUUAAAAGCAUUUCAAAGAUAAAAAAUUUAACUAAUUAUUACAUUCUUCCAACUCUUGAUCAUUUAUUUUACUUUCAUUAUCAUGUGCUGGUAGGCUUAUUUUUCAUCAGUAAGAUAAUGAAUUGUUGAACUGUUAUGAAAUUUUUUACAGUUUUAAAUGAACGUUCAUCUGUUUUGCAUUCAUUAAUAGUUUAAAGAUAUUUCUGUUUAUUUAUUGAUAGGUAGUAUAUUCAAUGAUUCAAUCAGUUAAUUGCAGUCUUCGUGCAUUGUUAUGUUCAUUUUGCUAUAGAUGUAUAACCUGAACACUGUUAACAUAGCAUAGAAGUGUGUAAUUGUAAAUAUAAAUCUUAUUGCACAUAUUAUACAUACAAAUAUGAAAAUUAUUGCUCUUCAUUGAAUUUUUCUGGUCACGUUGUAAGCAGCAUUGCAGUUUAUGUGUAAAUAUUUUUUUUUCUAGAAAUAAUAAAAAAAUUCUUUUAUUUGUAAAAA